UUACACUAUUGCGAACGACAGCCCCUUAAAAUGACAUUAUUAAAUCACGUCUCAGAGCACCGUGGCCUUUUGAAUUCAAUUUUUUUUUGUCAACCAGAUAUAAAAUUACAAAACAUUUCUUUUUAGGUUAAUCGAUUGCGCACACGGACAUUCCCGUUGGGAGAAUUCCCAUUCCUCGGCGGGUUGUGAACGCAGCAACGUUACCCAAAGAAAUGUGAUUGGUUCCUUGGUGAUCACGAGUGCACUCUCCGGUGAUUUGAUUGGACGGAUGUCAAACGACAAUACGGAAGUAGGUCCAACCGUGUCAAGUGCACUCCGGCAGGCAAGUCACACAUGCCGUCAAAUUCCUUCGUAUGUUAUUAUACUGGUAUUACAUCAGUCAUUUGUUCCUAUUCUUCAAACAGCUAAAUGAAUAGGACACUCAUUCUGCAGCGUCUCGGCAAACUGCAACGAGGCUUCUUCUUAGCACCAGUUUCUGCUCCAUGGAGCCCUCGGAGGGUCAGACAUGCAUGCAAGGAUGUGUGCAAAGAAGACAAAAACUACUACAUUACCACCCCCAUCUUUUAUGUCAACGCCUCUCCUCACCUGGGGCACUUGUACUCCGCAGUUUUAGCGGACUGCAUGCACAGGUACAAGCUUCUUCAGGGCUUCCACUCGAGAUUUGCAACAGGCACGGACGAACACGGGCUUAAAAUCCAAAAGGCUGCUGACGCGGCAGGAGAAGACCCCCUCGCCUUCUGCACGAGCAUCUCGCAGAGGUUCCGACAUCUCUUUGGCAGCUGCCACGUGUCUUUUACGGACUACAUCAGGACCACGGAGGAGAGACACCGGCGGGCCGUGGAGCACUUCUGGUGCCUGCUGCGCGACAGGGGACUCAUCUACAAGGGGAGCUACGAAGGCUGGUACUCCACGCCGGACGAGAGCUUCCUCACGCCGACGCAGGUCGCCGACGCUGUGGACUCCUCGGGGGACGCCAUCAAAGUGUCGCUGGAGAGUGGGCACAAGGUGGAGUGGCUCAAAGAGGAGAACUACAUGUUCCGUUUGUCGGCCUUUCGGACGCAGCUCCUGGACUGGCUCCACGACAACCCCGGCGCCAUCCAGCCCGAGCAUUUCCGCCAGAAUGUUCUCCAGUGGCUGCAGGACGACCUUCCGGACCUCUCCGUGUCCCGCCAGAGAAGUCACCUCCAGUGGGGGAUCGCCGUCCCGGGGGACCCCGACCACACCGUCUACGUGUGGCUGGACGCUCUGGUCAACUACCUGACGGUGGCCGGUUACCCCGGCGACCACCAGCGCUGGUGGAGCGUCUCCCGUCACGUGGUGGGCAAAGACAUCCUGAAGUUCCACGCCCUCUACUGGCCGUCGUUCCUCCUGGGGGCGGGGCUGGCGUUGCCUCGGUGCAUAUACGUGCAUUCCCACUGGACCGUGGGCGGGAAGAAGAUGUCUAAAAGUUUAGGGAACGUGGUGGACCCCUUCGAGCGCUCCCGGGCGUUCACCAUGGACGGUUUGAGGUACUUCCUGCUGCGCCAAGGCGUGCCAGAUUCCGACUGCGACUACUCGGACGACAAAGUCAUCAAGCUGCUCAACGCGGAGCUGGCCGACUCUCUCGGCGGCCUCUUGAACCGCUGCACCGCUCCCGCUCUGAACCCCGCCCAGAUUUACCCGCACUUCUGCCCGCUGUCCUUCUCCGGGAUGCAGGACCCGGAAGACGUCCGCAUGCUGGACGCGGUGCGAAGCCUCCAGUCCGUGGUGGAGCAUCACUACGACACCUUGCACUUCUACAAAGGCCUGGAGGCCGUCGCUUCCUGCGUGAGGCAGACAAACGGCUUCGUUCAACGCCACGCGCCGUGGAAGUUGGACAGGACGGACGGCGGAGGAAGACGCCGGAUGGACACCGUCGUCCACGUCUCCUUGGAGUGUCUCAGGAUCUACGGCAUCUUACUCCAGCCCGCCGUGCCGCUGCUGGCUGACCAGCUGCUGUCCAGACUCGGAGUGCGAGCGGACGAGAGGAAGUGGACCGACCUGGACUUCCUGCCCAGCCAGAAGGGGACGGACUGCUCCUUCCAAGGGAGAGCGCUGGGAGCCGACACAGGAGUGCUUUUUAGUCGCCUGGAACGUCCCGGUGAGGAGAAGCCAAAGAAAAUGAAUAAAAAGCAGACAAAGUGAUCAAAUGAUGUGUUUGUCCCAAUUUAAGAUCAAUCACUGAAUGACUUUAUGUAAAAUGUCCUUAAAGAAAUUAAACAAAUCAGUUUACUUCAACCCACAUGAAGCACCUUUUUUAGUAUUUUUACUGGUUGGUUUGUUUUAUCAUCGCCUUUCAAUUUUUUAAUAUCAAAAAUAGUUUAUGAAAAAGCAUCAAUCUUUUAAUUGAAAAAAUUCAGUUAGCCUGUAUUUCGUUUUUUUUGUUGUACCUGUCAUUUAGACCAGAAAACAAAAAAACAACAGAAAAGUCACCAAAUUUCACUUUAGUAAUAGCACAUAAGCUUGCUGUGUUUGGGAUUAUGAAAUUGAGAUAAAAGCUUCUCAUUUUGGUUAUCAUGGAGCUACUUUUUCUUCCUUAAACUCAACUCGUCGUGUUUGGAGGAAGAAGAAUACUGAGUUGCAUCCCAAGAACACCAUACCUACUGUGAAGCAUGGGGGUGGAAACAUCAUGCUUUGGGGCUGUUUUUCUGCUAAGGGGACAGGACGACUGAUCCGUGUUAAGGAAAGAAUGAAUGGGGCCAUGUAUCGUGAGAUUUUGAGCCCAAACCUCCUUCAAUCAAUGAGAGCUUUGAAUGGUUGACCAAAUACUUAUUUUCCACCAUAAUUGACAAAUAAAUUCUUUAAAAUUCCUACAA